GUGCGACUACAUUUCCCAGCAGCCUCCUCGCUGUAGGAAAUGGCUUCAUCACGUUUUAAUAAAGCAUGAUGGGUAAAAAAAAAUCUCCCUUUCCGGUUGGUACGCCAUCACGAAACUGAGGCAGAAUGGGAGCGUACAAGUACAUGCAGGAGCUAUGGAGGAAAAAGCAGUCGGACGUGAUGCGCUUUCUGCUCCGCGUCCGGUGCUGGCAGUACCGCCAGCUCUCCUCGCUGCACCGGACUCCUAGACCUACCAGACCCGACAAGGCGCGCCGACUCGGCUACAAGGCCAAGCAAGGCUAUGUCAUCUAUCGUGUGCGCGUGCGUCGUGGAGGCCGCAAACGUCCCGUGCCCAAGGGCGCCACCUACGGCAAGCCGGUGCACCACGGCGUCAACCAGCUGAAGUUCGCCCGCAGCCUCCAGUCCGUCGCAGAGGAACGUGCCGGUCGCCACUGUGGCGCCCUGCGGGUCCUGAACUCAUACUGGGUGGGAGAAGAUUCCACGUACAAGUUCUUUGAGGUCAUCCUCAUCGACCCCUUCCACAAGGCUAUCAGACGCAACCCCGACACCCAAUGGAUCACCAAGCCAGUGCACAAGCACAGAGAGAUGCGCGGCCUCACGUCCGCUGGCAAGAAGAGCCGCGGCCUGGGCAAGGGCCACAAGUUUCAUCUGACCAUCGGUGGGUCGCGCCGGGCGGCCUGGAAGCGCCGCAACACCCUGCAGCUGCACCGUUACCGCUAACGAGUGUCUGCAUGUUCAGAGCUUUCAGUCCAAUAAAAUCCUUGUUUGCCCUGGU